UGAGCCAGGGGCGGGCUGGGCUGGGGCGGGACUGGACGGCUCGACUCAGCCCAGCACAGCCGCCCCAUUCCCAACCCCCUCCUGCCGCCUCAUGGAGUUGCACGGGCUCGGCUGCCCCGGCAGCGUUCUCUUCGGUUGUGAGCUGACUGCCAGUACCAAAUCCUACACAUUUCAAGUGGACAAGGAAGAUGACUCUGACCACAUUUUGGCUCUGUCUGUGGUCUGCCUCACAGACGGUGCCAAGGACGAGUGCAAUGUGGUGGAGGUUGUUGGACGAAACCAUGAGAACCAGGAGAUUGCUGUGCCUGUGGCCAAUCUGAAGUUGUCAUGCCAGCCCUUGCUGAGUCUGGACAACUUCAAGCUGCAGCCUCCAGUGACCUUCCGCUUGGCAGCAGGCUCCGGCCCGGUACACCUUGCUGGCUGGCACAGGAUUGUGCCCAGGGAAGAUGCUUCCUUUGAGGAGGAUGACUUGUCUGAGGAGGAUGACUUGUCUGAGGAGGAGGAGCUUGCACCUAUCAUGCCAGCCAAGAAGUAGAGGAGAAAGCAGUAGAUUAUCCAGGCAAGGUACUCACUGGGAUUUCUCUCCCUGGAUGGCUUUUACCUCGGACACCUCUUGCCAGGACCUCGAAGUUUGCUGUUGUCUUUUUUUUAAUUUUAUGUCUUUUUCUGUUGUUACUUACUGGAGAGCAGAGGCUGCUCCCAGCACUGGGGUGUCUUCUUUCUCACAACCCUGGGAGGCUAAUCCCAAAACUGGAUGGAUGCUGCUGGUAUAUCCCCUCUCAUCCCAGUGCUGGCAGUUGGGCAUGAAGGAUGUAAUCCUUGUCCUGUGCCUUUUUGCUGUUCUGGACCUCUGCUCUGCGCAUUCCUGCCCCCUGCCUCUGAAAUAUCCAUUCCUAGCCCUUUCCCCAAAAGACAGAUACAAAGCCAGCAGUGGAAUGAGUUAUGUCACUCAAUUUUAGUGCCAUUUGCUUUGCUUAACUCACAAUUUGAUGGUUUUUGUACACUUGUAGGUGUGAAACUGGAGCCCAGGCUGUGUCCUCAACUGCAUUUAUAGUGGGGUGGGAGGUAAUGGUCUGUCUGUGACUUAGGAGGCAGUUCUGGAUCAGUCUGCUUUGUAAUAAACUGUUUUUACACUCUGAAUAAAGGUCUCUCAGAUGUCAGAUCUGAAAGUCA